UUUAGACGCAGACAAAGAGAUCAAGAAAAAAUGAAAAUACAAAAGAAGGACAAGCAGAUGUCUGCCACCCAUGUACUAAAGCACACUCCAUCCGCUGCUGCCUCAAAUGCCUCUGACCAAAACGCACAAACUACAUUUCCCAUCGGCCUCUUGGGCAAAGAACAGUUACGAAUCAUUGGAGGGCCGCCCAAUCACUGCAUGGCUCACCCAAAGCACUCUGGGUUACGGGAGGCGGGACCUGCUGCCAGCAGUCACGGUCUCCGCCCUUUAUCAAUCAACAGCGAGGAGGACGAUGGAGGGGGCGGGACCAGGGUGAAGAAGAAACGAAGGAAAAAAGACAAGAAAGAGUCAGAGUGGCACAAAGAUGAAGAGAGCAACACUAAACCAAAGAGAAGGGAGCAAAAGGAAGGGAAGGAGCUUCUUGCGAGAAAGGCAAAGGUGGCGAAGGAACAAAAGGAUCAUAAGAAGAGGGAGCCAAAAGCCCAAAAAGAGGUCAAAAAAGUCAAGAAAGGUCAAGAUGUAAAAGUGAAAACACAGGCCAAGAACACUGCAACACAUCCUCCCUCCAAAAGAGGGAGGAAGCCAAAAGAGCAGGGUGCCAUGCCUCCGGAGAAGAAGAAGAAGGGAAAGAGGAAAAGUGAUGCUGUACUUGAGAUGGUGGAGAGUGAUGACACAACCUCUCUCAGCACGCUCGCCACCGGCGAGGAAAGCAUCGACCCUAUGGAUAACACUAAGAGGCGAUCAGGGCGUCAAGUGAAGCGACGGAAGUAUAACGAAGAUCUUGAUUUCAAGGUCGUGGAUGAUGACGGGGAGACCAUCGCUGUGUUGGGCAAUGGCCGGUUUGCCGCCAUGUCUUCCUCUACCCUCGCCUGGCAGGCUGAGGAACCCCCUGAAGAUGAAGCUAAUAUCAUUGAGAAAAUACUCUCAGCGCGAACGGUCAAGAAAGAGACAUCCCUUGACGAACCACCAGAAGAGAUGGAGGAGUUUUACGUCAAGUUCAGAAAUUUCUCCUAUCUGCACUGUAAAUGGGCGACCUUGGAGGAACUGGAGAAGGACCCACGCAUUAGCCAAAAAAUGAAGCGCUUCAGAAACAAGCAGGCGCAAAUGAAGCACAUUUUCACAGAGCCGGAUGAAGAUCUGUUUAAUCCAGAUUAUAUUGAGGUUGAUCGGGUUUUAGAGAUCGCUAUCACCACAGAUACAGAAACUGGAGAGGAAGUUACACACUACCUGGUGAAGUGGUGCUCUUUGUCAUAUGAGGAGAGCACUUGGGAGCUUCAAGAAGAUGUUGACCCUGUGAAAAUCAGAGAGUUUGAAGACCUCAAGGAAAUUCCAGAAAUCAAGCAUGUGGAAAGGCCUCUGCCCGAACAGUGGCAAAAACUGGAGAAGUCAAGAGAAUACAGGAAUGGGAACCAGCUGCGAGAAUACCAGUUAGAGGGAAUGAACUGGCUCCUUUUCAACUGGUACAACAGGAAAAACUGUAUUCUGGCUGAUGAGAUGGGACUUGGGAAGACCAUCCAGUCCAUCACGUUCCUCUAUGAGAUUUUCCUCAUGGGUCUAAGGGGACCUUUCCUCAUCAUCGCCCCGCUCUCCACCAUCACCAACUGGGAGAGAGAGUUCCGCACAUGGACUGAAAUUAACGUCAUCGUCUAUCACGGCAGCCAGAUCAGUCGGCAGAUGAUCCUGCAGUAUGAGAUGUACCACCGAGAUGAACAGGGAAACAUUGUGUCUGGUCAGUUUAAGUUUCAUGGCAUCAUCACUACAUUUGAAAUGAUAAUGGCCGACUGUCCAGAGCUGAAGAAGCUUAACUGGUGCUGUGUGGUGAUCGACGAGGCCCAUCGCCUAAAAAACCGCAACUGUAAACUACUGGAGGGACUCAAACUCAUGAACCUGGAACAUAAAGUCCUUCUCACAGGAACUCCUUUGCAGAACUCGGUUGAGGAACUCUUCAGCCUGCUUAACUUUCUUGAACCCUCACAGUUCCCUUCCGAGACCACUUUCCUGGAGGAGUUCGGAGACCUGAAGACGGAAGAGCAGGUAAAGAAACUGCAAGCCAUUCUGAAGCCCAUGAUGUUGAGGAGACUGAAGGAUGACGUGGAGAAGAAUCUGGCCCCUAAAGAGGAGACAAUCAUUGAGGUGGAGCUCACUAAUAUUCAGAAGAAAUACUACCGCGCCAUUCUUGAGAAAAACUUUGCCUUCCUUGCCAAGGGAGCAAACCAGCACAACAUGCCCAACCUCAUCAACACAAUGAUGGAGCUUCGCAAGUGCUGCAAUCACCCAUACCUCAUUACAGGUGCUGAAGAAAAGAUCCUUGAGAGCUUCAAGAAAACCUACAGUUCUGAGGCUGCAGAUUUUCAGCUGCAGGCAAUGAUCCAGGCUGCUGGUAAACUAGUGCUUAUUGACAAGUUGCUGCCCAAACUGCUGGCCGGAGGACAUAAAGUGCUGGUGUUUUCCCAGAUGGUCCGGUGCCUGGAUAUACUGGAGGACUACCUCAUUCAGAGGAGGUAUACGUAUGAACGUAUUGAUGGGAGAGUUCGAGGGAAUCUCCGGCAGGCUGCCAUCGAUCGCUUCAGUAAAGUGGACUCUGACCGCUUCGUGUUCCUCCUCUGUACACGAGCAGGAGGUCUGGGCAUCAACCUCACCGCCGCCGACACGUGUAUCAUAUUCGACUCCGACUGGAAUCCGCAGAACGAUUUGCAGGCUCAAGCUCGCUGCCAUCGGAUCGGUCAGAGCAAAGCGGUAAAAGUAUAUCGCCUUAUUACACGAAACUCAUAUGAGAGGGAGAUGUUUGACAAGGCCAGUUUGAAACUGGGAUUGGACAAGGCUGUUCUGCAGGACAUCAACCGCAAGGGCAGUCUCAAUGGGGUUCAGCAGCUGUCUAAGAUGGAGGUGGAAGAUCUUCUCAGGAAGGGAGCGUACGGUGCGCUUAUGGAUGAGGAAGAUGAGGGCUCUAAAUUUUGUGAGGAGGAUAUUGAUCAGAUCCUGCAGAGACGCACACAGACCAUCACAAUCCAGUCUGAGGGGAAGGGAUCAACUUUUGCCAAGGCUAGCUUUGUGUCUUCAGGGAACCGUACAGACAUUUCAUUGGAUGAUCCAAACUUUUGGCAGAAGUGGGCCAAAAUUGCUGAACUGGAAAUUGACUCCAAGGCAGAAAAGGAGAGUCUGGUGAUCGACACCCCUCGCGUACGGAAGCAGACGCGCCACUAUAAUUCAUUUGAGGAUGAUGAACUCAUGGAGUUCUCUGAACUGGAUAGUGACUCAGAGGAACGGCCCUGUCGCACAAGACGUCUCAGCGAUCGCAACAGACGCUACCUCCGAGCGGAGUGCUUCAGAGUGGAGAAAAACCUUCUCAUUUUCGGGUGGGGUCGCUGGAAGGAUAUUCUCAAUCAUGGGCGUUUUAAAUGGCACCUGACGGAGAGAGACAUGGAGGUGCUGUGCAGGGCUCUUCUGGUCUACUGUGUCCGCCAUUAUAAGGGAGACGAUAAAAUUAAGAGCUUCAUCUGGGAUCUGAUCACACCCACUAAAGACGGACACAAUCAAGCACUACAAAACCACUCAGGUCUGUCUGCUCCUGUCCCACGGGGUCGUAAAGGCAAGAAGCUGAAGAACCAGUUGAGUCCCCCUGAGCUGAAGAAUGCAGACUGGCUGGUCCACUGUAACCCAGAGGUUGUGCUUCAGGAUGACAGCUACAAGAAACACCUCAAACAACACUGCAACAAGGUUCUGCUGAGGGUGCGGAUGCUGUACUAUUUGAAGGUCGAAGUGCUUGGGGAGGCUGCCAAUCAGGCACUUGAAGGGAUCCCAUCCAGUAAACUGGAGGUAACCCUCCCUGAUAUCGACUAUAUUGAGAUACCUACUAUAUGGUGGGAUGCUGAAGCAGAUAAAUCGCUGCUUAUUGGAGUUCACAAACAUGGGUAUGAGCGGUAUAACGCCAUGCGUGCGGACCCUGCUUUGUGUUUCCUGGAGCGAGUGGGUAUGCCUGAUGUCACUGCAUUGACGGUAGAGCAAAGUGGAGCAGAAACUGCUUCAGAUGCACCUGAUAGUAUCACCAAGAGUGAUGAAAUCAAAGAGGAGAAUGAUAUUAAGUCUGAGGAAUCAGAAGAGAAAGUAGAGAUCAAGGAGGAACCCAUGUCAGAGGAAACAGGGAGAAAUGACAGUACAGUGACAGGGGGCUUUAUAGGAUCUCUCGCAGGAGACCUUGUUGCAGAAGUGAUGGAGCAGGGACGGAUACAGUGGCCGGCAGGCUCGGCUCUUACAGCACGUCUGCGGCGCCUCAUUACUGCCUAUCAGCGUUAUACACGACGUGAGCCGCUUCGUCAUGAUUUUCUCUUACACGAGGGAAUUUCACCUGUGGCCUGGCAAAUGGGAGAGUUUAGGCACUGCACUACUGAGCCUGACCCGCUCUUUUUAGAGUGGCAACGAAGGUGGACACGUCGAGAGCAGGCUGACUUCUAUCGCACAGUGUCCUCGUUUGGAGUAGUAUAUGACCCAGAGAAGAAGACUUUUGACUGGAACCAGUUCCGUGCCCUUGCUCGAUUGGAGAGGAAGACGGAUGAAAGCUUAGAGAGAUAUUUCCACAGCUUUGUUUCAAUGUGUCGAACUGCAUGUAGACUGCCACCCAGAAAAGAUGAAGGUAACGUGGAUCCUUCACUGUUUGUGGAGCCCAUUACAGAAGAGCGAGCUGCCAGAACAUUAUAUCGUAUUGAGCUUUUGAGAAAGGUCCGUGAGCAAGUAUUGCGCCACCCGCUCCUGGGGACACGACUGCAGCUUUGUCACCCUAGCUUGUAUUUGCCCGUCUGGUGGGAGUGUGGCAAACAUGACCGUGAUCUUCUCAUUGGGGUCGCUAAGCAUGGAUUGAGUCGAACUGAUUUCUACAUCCUCAAUGACCCCCAAUUUUUCUUCCUGGAGGCCCACCGGAACUAUGUUCAUAAAGAAAACCACAGAUAUCCAGUCCCAGGCUUGCCCCACCACCAUUGCUGCUUGUAUGAUGCCAACCUUGGGCAUUGUCAGUCCCCACAACCUCCAGAGUAUCACCACACACCAACACAACUCGUCCAUACUCAUGGGCAUCACCAGGCCACAGAAGUGGUGGCAUCAGAGUCUGGAAGUUCCCUAGGGAUAGGUACAGGAAAUAGUGAAGUAUUUUUGGAUUGUCCUCCAUUGGAUGACUCUCUGGAGUUGGGGUCAUUGCAACAUGAAGGAUUGACAUCAGACACACUACAUGGCAAAUCUGGUAAAGAGGCCUUCAAUGGAUUCCCGUUCAAUUCUGCAACCGGUGGGCAGAAUAUGCUAAAUUCGUACGAUGUGCAAGGGGAGUUAAAUGGGUCUCAAGGAGACAUGGUGGACUCCAUAGCUGGGAAACUUCGCAGCGAUGUUCUGGUGGGAGAGCAAGGGUCCUCAGAGGAGACUGGCUUAAUGGCUCCUUCUGUGGAACUAGAUGAACUUCAAACUCCAUGGGAAAGCUCGGACCAUGCUGAAACUUCUGACAUGUUCAACGAGACUGAUCCCAUCUUGGGAGCGCCAACUUUGGAACCCAGCUUUCUUGAUGCUCCUCAGCCAGAAGAUGGACGGGAGGGUGAUGAAACGCUCACUGACUGUUUGAGCAUGCCUAGUUCGGACUCUCAAAGUAACCCUGUCGAACCACUGGCACCAAGCUUCAUGUUGUUCAAAGACCUUAAUGUUGGAGAGACUUCUGUGGAUCAGACAGAUCUGUCAGCCAGUCUUCCAGAAUAUGUUCCACCACCACCUCUUGGACUCCCGGAUGUGAGUCUUGACCAGACAGAUCCCAUUAGUGAGGAGCAAGAGGACAGGCUUAGUGAUUCCAACAUCACACAUGGUGUUCCCAGUCCAGAAGGAGCUGAAAGCAUAAGGUUUCAUUUUGAGAAAGAAGACCUUUCUCCAGACAGUCCGAAGACAAAGGAUACUCUAGAUGAGUUUGACAAGAUGCCUUCAACAGAGUCUCCAAGGGAAAAUUGUCUCGAGGAAUCUCAGAAAGGGGAGGUGCCAUUUGAUGAUUCCAAUGGAGAUUUGAAAGAUCCUUGUGAAGUGGCUUUCGAAGAACCUUAUGAAAAGCCUCUGACAGAGCCAGAAAAAGUGCCUUUAGAGGAGUCUUAUGAUUUAACUUGUGACGAGACCCUGCAGGAACCUUGCGAAGGGUUUCAGCAAGACACAGCGGAACAGCAGUUGGUGGAAGAAACCUGCAAAGAACCGCCAGAGCCAAUAGAAGAGUGCAAUCUAACUAACACUACUCUUUCAACAGAUUACCCUAUGCCUUCUUCACUCCCAUCGUCUCCAACUACCUUACCUGACACCUCUGUAUCCCCGGGCCUUGACGCAGUCCCAAAACAAGAGUUUCUCGUGGAUCCAGUGGUGUCAGAUGUGAAGCCUGAGCCAGAUAGCACUACGCAGACCCCUCACCUUGAACAGACUGAGGUUUUGGAAGUAAAGGACAAGAUAAAAGAUGAAGGUGCAAAGGCACCAGCAUUAUUGGGAGAUGUUGAUGGACCACGCUUUGCAUUGCCCAUGUGUGAGAUGGCAGACAGUGUCCAUGAAAUAAGGGAACCAACCAUUGCUCAGCUUCUACAAGAGAAAGCACUCUACUCCUUCUCAGAGUGGCCUAAGGACAGAGUGAUCAUCAAUCGUAUUGACAGUGUCUGCCACACUAUCUUAAAGGGGAAAUGGCCUUCCUCCAGUCAACAGUAUGACUCUCCCACCUCAUUGGCUAACACCUGCGUGCCCAGCAGUGCCCACCAGAGGGCAGGAUUUCUGCCUACCAGAAUGCCUAUAUCUCAGAGCCUUAACUUUAACCUCUCACACACAGUACCCCACUUACCAAAGGAGCGGUUAGUGGCCCCAGCAUUUCUCCCUGAGCGCAAACGUCCGAGACGUGGGUUUGAAUUCGAGGCAGAAGUCCUUGCCAAACCAAGCCAUCUUGGAGAAAAGAUCCAGGUUGGCGUGCCUCAUCGUGUAAAUGCUCUUCUACUUAAUGGCUGGCAGGACGCCGCUAUUGACCUCUCCAAACCAACAGAGCUAACAGUUGGUGGAGACAGUGGGCCAAUCAGUCAGAUGAGCCACACUGUCCAGUCAGCGCCCCAUAAAAUAACUGGGAUAGGCUCCAUACAAGGCUCACUGGGAUUGGAUAUGGCUGGCAUUUUGCAGGCUGGCCUGAUUCACCCUGUCACGGGGCAAAUUGUCAACGGCUGUCUUCGUCGUGAUGAUUCAAUGUUGAGACAGAGGAGAGGACGAAGAAGAAAUGUGGAGACUCCUGAUCUCAGCUUUAUAAAGAGACAAAGCAUGAACUUGCCUGAACAACAGAGUGGGUCAGAGAGUAUCAGCCACCCUGUUGUGUCCUCCACAUCCUCCCAGUCAGAAGGCCCUCCAGCCACCCCGACUACACUUCCUACUCAGCCUCCAGCACCCUCUCCAGCUCCUCCUCCAGCCUCAGAGACCCUGAAUGUGAGCAUGGACAGGGAAACAGCCAAUAAAGGCCUAAUGGAAUGGCUCCGACAAAACCCCAACUUCAACAUGGAGCUUUCUGCUUUUCCGUCUCAGAAUGCAAACAUAUUGCACAGUUUCCUGGAGCGUCCAAAACAGAGAAGGCAUCGCUGCAAAGACCCAUCCAAACUCGACGUCAGCUCUCUAACUGGGGAGGAGAGAGUCCCAGUAGUGCAUAGAAACACAGGCCGCAGGCUUGGAGGUGCUAUGGCUCCAGCGAUUAAAGAGCUCUCCCGAUGGCUGGAUGCAAACUCAGAAUACUCUGUGGCUCCUGAUUGGGCGGAUGUGGUGAAGCACUCGGGUUUUCUACCGGAGGGCAAAUUCACACGCAUCCUCUCUGGCCCUGUAUGUCGGGAUCCUGGUCCGCGUAGAAGAGGCAGGCGACCCCGCAGCGAGAUGCCCAAAGCCCCUGAGCUCGCCGCUGCCAUGGGUCCGCUCUUCAUGAACGGUGGGCUCAUUGGCAGCAUGGAUCUGGUUAGCUUACCCAAUCUCCGCAAUGUCCCUGGCAUCCCGCUAACCGGUAUCAUGGGCUUUCCUCACGGUUUCGCCACUGCCGUACCGUCAGGAGAAGAUGCCAAGAAUGGACUCAGCAUGCUGCCCAUGAUGCUCCACAGCAUGGCGGCCGUGCAGCCGCCCAUGUACAGCGCUCACAUGAGUGGGAUGAUAAAUCAACAGCUGUCCACAGUGAUGUCCACUGCAACCGCAUCCUCCACUUCAGCGAGCGUGACUUCGACAAACUCCACAACCGUAACCGUAACCUCAACCUCCAGCCCGGCGGAUAGUUCGGAUUCUGCGCCUCAGCGUGAAAACGCAAGCUCUCCGAUGAGCACGGAGAAUAAGGAGGACGCAAAGCAAGGAGGGGAAGAGAAGAAAGUGUCCGCUUCUGUGUCUACAGCUGCGGCCACUAGCAGCAGUAGUAGUAGCAUCACAAGCACCGGCAGCCAUUUGACCUUUAACCCCUUUCUAAUCCCGGGAAUGUCACAUAGUCUGUUGUAUCCGCAUAUGUUCUUGCCACCGGGCAGUAUAAUGGCUCUGCCCACUAUGCCCGCAGCAGACAGCACGGGCAGCCCCAAGAGGAAGAGGAAGAAGGUUAGGGAGGAAGGAGCAGAGGAGGGAAGCGGCAAUGUUGGUGUGGAAUCGAAGGGGGUUAAAGGCGAACAGACACCCGAACAAAAGAGCCAAGAGGGCGGAAUGGAAGAAGGUGGACCUGAUGUAAAUUUAGCUCAGGUCAAAGAUCCUUCUGACCCUAUAAAAGGUCCUUCUGAGGAUAAAAGUACUGAGGAAAAGGACAAAAAUGAGAUGGGAGAGAAAACGGAGUCAAAUGCUCUAAACUCUUGUGACGGUGGAGACUAGGAUGCAUUCACAUGUUUGGGCUGCAGUACUUUUGUGCGUGUCGUGUCGGUAAAGUUUGUGUAUAGGACUUUGAUUAUCCAUGUAUUGUUUAUAGAUCUGCCCUUGUAAUUUCACUGACAUCUACUCUACCUUCUGCGUGUGUGCUAAAGGAAUAGACACUUAAAGCAUGCAAACACUCAGAGGUCUCGAAUCCUAAAAAAGGGACAACAUCAUCAUUGGUGUUAGCGUGUUCCUUUUGCAUCAUGGGAAUGGAUAUUCAGACGAUUCUGUCUAUUGACGGAGAACGCUCUUAGUGACCCCAGCAUUUUUAGGUGUUAUUCACUAGCAUCUUUCACAGGUUCUCAGAAAGCAGUAGGAUGUUGGUAUUGUGCAAAAAACAGACGGCGGUCUCACUUCGUAAUGGUGUUUUGGAUCACGCUUUUAUAAGUUGCAUAAGACCUAGAUUCAUGUUUUGAAACAUUUCUCUGAAUAAUGUAAAGAAAACACUCAUCCCAUUGGUAGAUUACCAGCAGAGCUGCAUCUGAUACAGUCUCGAUGGAUCACAGUAUUUUGUUCUUAGUUGCUUGCUGCUAUGUAUUCAUUUUAGUGAAGAUUUUAACCUAAAUCCUUUACAAAGCUAUAGGUGGCAUGAGUGCAACAUGGUGAGUGCAAUGGAAACUCAAAAAGAGCCAGGCUUGAAGUUGAUGGCAAAGAACAAUCCUGAGAUUGAUUUAUCUUUUGUUUUGUUUGUCUUGUUGUUUUUGAUGUCAUUUCCACGUGGUUGCUUUGAUAAGAUACCCCCGUUGGGAUACUACUAAUCAUUAUAGAGGUGGCUAUAUGCAUUUAGGGGUGCUGCAAGUUCAAGAGUGAAGGGUUAGUGCCAUAGAUGAGACUUGGUUCUAAAUGGUUUUGGUGCACGGGCUUAUCAAAUAAGUGAUGCAAAGCAGAUGGUAGAAAAUUGCGAGAACUGUGUUUUUAGUUACUUUAAAAGGAUAAUUCACCCUAAAAUUAAAGUUCUGUUAACAUUUCACUCUUAUGUCAUUCGAACCCAUAUGAAUGUCUUCUGUGGAGCAUAAAAGCCGCAUGCUCACAUUAAGAAGUGGCUGUCAGACUUCAAAAAUGACCAUAAAACUACUCCGUAUCACUACUUUUCCUUAUGCAAAGCUACCUUGUGUCUUUAGAAUAACUUGGAAUAAAGUGCACAAUUAAUUUGAGCUACUUUUAUUGUGCAUUUUUGCCCUUCUUGAAGUUUGAUAACCCCUAGUCAUUGUGCUUUUAUGUGGGGAAGAGCAGUCUUAAAAACAGGUUUGAAACAACAUUAGGGUGAAUAAAUUAUGCUGGAAAGUUAAGUUUUGGGUGAAAUAUUCCUUAACCAAAAAAUAUUUUUGCAUAUCCCUGUUUUUUUGCCUUCACUAAAGCCCUUAGGUUGAUGGGGUUGACAGGAAGACGUCAGACCGUCUCGUUCUCCUCAUGGGUUACAUUGCUCUUAUUUUCUCUGGUGCAUUUGAAAAUACUGUUGAGUAAAACCUACCGAGAUUUUGGAAAACAUGUAAAUCUAUCUAGCUGUAUAUUGCGGUUACUUUUGUUUACAAGCACACAAUGUUAUUUUUCCUCGCCAGUAUUUCUCAUAUUGGGAGGAUGUGUAAAAGAAAAAAAAACAGCACUAGUGUUUCUUUUAUUUGAAACAAUUUACACUAGUUAAUAACCAGAGAUAAUUUAACUCGUUUUCUCCCCCAGUCUCAACAGGGUCUCUCUUUUGUGGGAGUAUUCAUUUUCCACCUUUUCAUCUUUUUUUUUUCUUUUUUUUUUCAGUUUUCAAAUGUGAAAACAUUUUUUGCACAGUCUUUUAGGUGAAUGUUUACCUGUAAUUGUGUUCCGUCUUGUUUGUUUAUGUGUGUUCGUGUGGACGCAUGCGCACGCUUGCACAUGUCACUUCCUGUACAGUUUGACCUAUGUAAACCUGUACUGUAAAUUUCUUGUCUAAACAAAACAAAACAAAAAAAUCAUGGUCACCUUCAAAAAAACAUGCUGUUGUUGCCUUGUCACACUAUUUGUGACACCAUGAUGUAAUUUAUUUUGCUUUUAUUUCUCUUUUUACUUUGCCAAAUUCACCAAAUACGACAUUUCCCCUUUCUCAUCACAUCUAUUUUAUUGUGUUCACUUUGCAAUGCCUUAUUUAGUGGUUUAUAUAUGGAUGUUUGUUACAUCUUUAUGUUGGAAAAUAUAUCUAUCAAAAUACUUGUGUACAGUGUCAACGUUUUGGGAAGCAGUCUCGGUCAUACUAGUUAAAAUCUAGUUGUACAGAUACUGACCACCUUGUGCAUUUUUUGGUGUAAAACUUCAGAUUAUAAAACCUUUCAAAUAACAUAAUCAGGCCUCUUUCCUCUCUCAACUCAUUCAAAGCAGUAUUGCAAAGCACAAAGUCUACUUGACUUUCAAAAAUGUCUCAUUGUUAGUCUGAAAGCUUACCUCAGACCUUUUCUCUAUUGUCCCUACAAUGCUUUCUCAGUAACAUCUGGUGAACAAAAGCGCACAGACCUCGUCUAGACGUCUGGAUGAUUGUGUUAUCCUUGCUUUUGACGUUUUGAGAAGUUCGCAUCUCAAUUAAAGGCCUUCAGAAUUUCAGGAGAAACACAGCCAGUAUGUGUACAACUGGAGAGUUCAGAUAGUUAGACUGAGAAUGCUGCGUUGCUGGUUGUAAGCGUGUUGAUUUUAUAAACGUACUGUUUGUUGGAAAUGUACAGUUUGAAAACGCAACAAUACACUCCAGUUUAAUUCAAUUUGAAUCACGGUGUUUGAAAAGAAAGUUUCCCUGGUGCAGUAUCUGGGCUCAUUUGAAGAUCAAUGAAUAUAUAUUCAAUUCUGUGUCCUAGUAACUCUCCAGAUACCUAUUUUUGUCUUUCUCCCUAGCUAAAACGGUUUGGUAGUUCAUCUAAAAAUCUGAUCAAUUUCAAUUUUUGCCUGUAUUUAUUGUUUUACUGUCUCAGCGUUGUCUCCCUGUGUAUUGCAACAUGUGCAUAAACUUGCUGUCUCCAGGUUUUGGAUGUUUUCCUAUAUGGGAUGUCUACACUGAUCCAUUUUACUUUCCAUAAAAGCUGAACUGUUCUGAAAACAGUAAUGUUGACUGUAUCUGUGUGUAUAAAUACGUCUCUGGAUAGUUGCUCCCAGAUACUCUUGAGAGCAAACAAUGCCUUCCCAUUGGGCCCCUACCUCCAUUUUUCAUGGGUUGAUCAAAGGGAGAUCUUUGUAGUAGCUUUGCAUAGUGCAUUUCCAAUGGGGAGUGAGAAUUGGGAAAUUUGUGGUACCAUAUGCCAUUGUCAUUUCGAUCGGACUCUGUCAGCAUUCAAUAUUAUGCUUUCAAAUAUGCACGUAGUAGGAGACUGGAUUUUGCUUUACCACGGUCAGUGUUUGCAUGUCAGGACCUGCUAAAAAGACCCAGUCACAACAUCUGAGGCAGAGCAACAUCCCAUACUUAAGUGUAUGCAAGUCAGGCUACUAUGGAGUGUUUCUUAUAACAGCUGCUUAGCCAGACAGACUUAAGUCUUUAGUGUUCAUGGCACACUAGAGCAUCAUGUACCACGCAGAACUGCGCUUGCGUCACUAUUGAGCCUACGUUGGAGCUUCUGUUCCUCAAGAUCUUGUAGAAUAACAUUGAAUGAAUUUGAUACGACUAACAAUGGUCAGUGUUCAUGACGAGGAAGUACUGUAAGUUCGUAGUUCCAUUGAAGCAAGUGCACUAUAUUGGGAUGAUUACACAAGAUAAAAAGUGAACUUAUACACUUGGUAAGAAAUCUGCAGCAGAGUCGUGGGUCUUUAAUUUUUUUUAUUUUAUUUAAUUUUUUUUUAUUUUGGGAUAUUUUGUUUUUGUUCGAAUAGCUCCUGUACACCGAUGUGGACCAAUCAUAUAAUUCAAA